CCUUCCUCUGAAAACAAUAGUCCUGUAUUUUCCCAAACGCAUCUUCAUCAUAAGGCGGUUUAUUCAAUCGAAUCGUUUAAAAUGGUUAAAGAACAAUGCUGGACUAAAUAUAAUAAAAAUUAUGAGCACAAUUUAAAGCGUCUUCCACUUUUAUAUGGAAACAUAUAAAUAAGAUCCGGUUGGUCGAACAGGAAACGAGGAGAUACUGAUGGCGCCCGACUAGAAAGGAGUAGCAAUUACCGCGUAGAACUUCAUAUUCUCUUUGGCGUGCCUACCGAGAUAUAAACAAAUUCAAAUCGUAAUACACGAUGGAGGAGGAGAUUGAGGUGGAGAGCAGCAGUGAUGUGGGCCCCUCAGUCUCCGGCAUGGAGGAGCCUUCUGAGAGCGGUUUGGGGAUGGAGACCUCGGAGGCCAUGUCUGCAGACAGCAGUGAUGCAGCCGCGCCCCAUGCCCACCACCACCACAGCCACCACGGUCAGCGCAACACGGCCCCGGAAUCAGACUGCCACGUGGGACAGAGCUCCGAGGGGGUCCUGGGGUUCCUCCCGGAGACUAGCUCGAGCACGGACGUCACCCACCACAGAGCCGCCGUAAACCUCCCGGACUCGUCCUCUGUGGCCCAGUCCACCAGCGUGUCCAGCGUCUCCACGGUAACCCAGUCCGUCUUGGUGUCCGGGUCUGCCCAGGUCGUGGUUCACUCCAGCGCUGCGGUUUCAGACUGCGGGGGUAUGAUGGUGUCCGACUCCACAGCGUCCACAUCGUCAGACCUGGGGUCGGCCAUAGACAAGAUCAUAGAGUCCACCAUUGGCCCUGACAUCAUGAACGGGUGUAUUUCCGUAACCAGUGCUGAAGACGGAGCAGAGACCAGUGAGGUGCAGUAUUUAAUACUGCAAGGACCAGAUGACGGGGCUCCUAUGGUUGCACACAUGUCCUCCUCAGCCCUGUCCAGCCACCAGCGCAUUGCCAUCGAGGCUCUCGGGGAGGGCCCCACCUCCACCUGUCACGACCAGGGAGGCCUGGAGCCCGACCAGCCCGACCAGCCCUGUGGGAGCCACUACCCAGACCACGGGGAAAACCGGCCCCAGCGCUCCCAUGCUUCCCAGUAUGUGGAGUGUGGUGUCAGGGAGGCUGACGGCCCGGACCAGACAGGCGAGUCCUCCUCCUCAUACAUAGAUGACGAGGAGCCCGACCAGACGGAGCGCUUUUCCCGCCCAGAGUAUGGCGUGGUGGACAACUCGGACCAGGAGCUGCGCGGCUACGCGGAGAGCAGCGCCAGCGGAGCGGCCGACUCCAACCCCUCGUCCGCCGGCGCUCGCCGACACCACACCCACUACGUGGUGGACUGCAGCGCGGGGACAGGGGCGUACCUGGAGUGCGCCGGGAACGAGGCGGAGGAGGGUGAGGACGCGCGGUUGCAGCACUCUCGCGGCUACAUUGACAGCAGCAGCAACAGCGCCAACCCCUCCCAGACUCACCAGACCCUGCGGCAGUACGUGGAAUCCGGGGCCGCGGCCGCCGACGCGGAACUGCCCGGUUGUUCCAACUCCCAGGCUCACCAGACCCUGCGCCGGUACGUAGAGUCCGGGGCCGCGGCCGCCGACUCGGAACAGCCGGGCUGUUCCAGCUACCAGUCCCAAGGGACGUCCGCCGCAGACUCACAUUAUCGGUCCCGCGAGAGCCGGGGAGACGACCCAGACCAGCCCGGCCACUCUGACCAGAACUGCCACUACAUGGACACCACCAGCAGCAGCACCGGCCCGGAGGAAUCCCUGGGGAGGUUUGUCGGGGCGGGGGGCGAGGGCGGCGAGGGGUCGUCCACAGACCGCCGGCACCCGGGGGCAGACGCGGUGGACUCCGGCUCAGCCGAUCACCCCGAGGCCAGGGAGUGCACGGAGAGCCAGCCCGGGCCUUACAUCAGCAGCAGCGGGACCUACUCCUCUCACCCGGAGGCCGAGGUGGAGGAGGCCCAGACACCACGGUGGUCCCCCAGCUUGGAGAGACCUCCCAGGGGACAGGAGAGCGGCGGCGUGGCGGCGGGGGCAUCCGGAACUGUAGCCGCGGAGGAGGGUUCUGGGGGCGUGGCAGGGCGGGGGGCGGCGGCCGGCUCCCUCCCCCACACCAUGGCCGAGCUGGAGGACAUGAUGGAGGUGGUGAUUGUCCAGCAGUUCAAGUGCAAGAUGUGCCCCUACAAGAGCGUCUCCAAAGACACACUCAUCAACCACAUGAGGGACAGACACUUCAAACCCGCAGGCGGUCCUCCUCCGAAGAAGCGAGGUCGCGGUCGUCCGCGGCGCAGUGACACGUUGGCCCGUCAGCAGGCUGAGGUGAAGCCGGAGCCAGAGGAGGCCGAGGACGACGACAUCGUAGACGCCGGGGCCAUCGAUGAUCCCGAAGAGGACAGUGACUACAACCCAGCCAAUGAAGACUGCCGGGGCCGCCAACCCGCCCUGCUGAGACAGCCUGCACCCCCUCCCUGCUCCUCCUCCUCCACGGACCGACCCCGGCGCCGGGUGGGACGCCCCAGGAAGUUCAUCUACACCGAGGGCACCUCCAAUGGCAAAGAAGCAGAAGGAGCUUCGAAGCCGGUGAAGGGGAGUGUUGACCCUCAAGGCUCAGAGGAGGCCAGUUCCUCGGGCCUGGGAAGUGGACCUGCUCCCUUGGCCAAUGGAAACCCAGCGGAAGCCGGCAUUAGCCAAUCAGACUCCGAGAACAAAGACCCUUCAUCCAACGGGAGGCCGGAGGAGGCAGAUUUCUUCCCCAGGAAAAGAGGUCGACCCUCCAAGCGGUUUCUCAGAAAGAAAUACAAGAAGUACAUGAAUCGCAAGUAUUACAAGACACUGAAACCCCUGCUGAGGCCCCACAACUGCUGGAUUUGCGGCUCGCGCUUCCUGUCCCAGGAGGACCUGAGGUUCCACGUGGACUCCCACGAAGGAAACGAUCCGGAGUGCUUCAAGUGCCUGCAGUGUAACUACCGCUGCAAGCGCUGGUCCUCUCUUAAGGAGCACAUGUUCAACCAUGAAGGAAACAAGCCCUUUAAAUGUGAGGAGUGUGACUACAGCAGUGUGUAUAAGAAGGACGUCAUCAGACACUCGGCAAUACACAACAAAGACAAGAGGAAGAAGCCAGAGUCUGCGUGUGGUCUCUCUGACUCCCGGCAGGUGUCCAAGGUGCUGUCGUUCCCGUGCCCGGUUUGCCACAGAGUCUACCCCAUGCAGAAGAGGCUCACGCAGCACAUGAAGACACACAGCGCCGAGAAGCCCCACAUGUGUGACAAGUGCGGAAAGUCGUUCAAGAAGAGAUACACGUUCAAGAUGCAUCUCUUGACUCACAUCCAGAGUGUCGGCGACAGCAGGUUCAAGUGUGAGUUCUGUGACUAUGACUGCGACAACAAGAAGCUGCUCCUCAAUCACCAGCUGUCCCACACCAAUGACCGGCCCUUCAAAUGUGACUACUGUAAAUACUCCACCUCCAAAGAGGACUUCCUGGUCUCUCAUCUGGCCAUCAAACACACGGGCGAGAAGCCGUUCUCCUGUGAGAUGUGCCACUUCAUGACGAAGCACCGCAAGAACCUGCGCCUCCACGUCCAGUGCCGCCACCCAGAGGCGUUCGAGGAGUGGAGCGCUACGCACCCGGAGGAGCCCGUCAGACGGAGGAGGAGACCCUUCUUCACCCUGCAGCAGAUCGAGGAGCUCAAACAGCAGCACGAGGACACGCAGGGCCUGCAGAACACGGUGGUGUCUGUGGACCCCGCUACGCUGCAAGCAAUGCAGACGAUGCAGAGCGCUUCGGUCUCCCAAGAUGCAAUGGGGAACACCACCAUUAUCUAUGAGCAGGCCGGGACCACAGACCUGUCGGCCCAGAAUGCUCUGGACCUGCUGCUGAACAUGAGCAACGCCAGAGAGCUUGUGGGAAACUCACUACAGGUACAGGUGUUGAAGUCAUCAGACUCCAAGCGGCUAGAACCGGGGUCCUGGACCGGGGUUACCUCGGCGACAGGGGGUCCUCAAAAGGUUGUGACCUUCCACGUGACCGAAAAUGGAGAGACUGUAGUCCAAGAGGUGCAGGAGGUGCAGGAGGGAUAUGAGGCGACGACCAAUGAGAACGGAGAGAUCACGCAGAUCGCCAUUCAGGCGUACGAUGGGGCGGAAGGUUUUGGCGUGGUGGAACAGGCCACAGAGGAGAUCCACAGCACCGGGCGUGAAUACAGCAGCGGUGACGUGAGCCCACAGCCCAUGGAGGAAGAGGAGGAGGGGGCUGAAACGCUCGCUGAGAACGGGGAAAAGUACUACCUGACGUCCGGGCUGGGAGACGGCGUUCUGCAGCAGGUGGAGCUCUCCAGCGAAGCUCCGGGAUCUCCCGUCGCGCCGGGAGCCUGCCGCGGCCAGAACCAGCAGAACCCCAAACGCUUCUCCUGCCGCAUCUGCAUGGAGUCGUUCCACGGACGCAGUGACAUGGAGAACCACAAGAGGGCGCACGUUGACCCCUCCACCUUCAAGUGUCCCGACUGUGACUUCACCGCCUCCUCCUGGCUGGAUGUAAAGACCCACAUGGGCCUGCACGCCUACCUACGCCCCCACAAGUGCCCCAGCUGCAGCUUCGCCUCCAAGAACAAGAAGGACCUGAGGAGACACAUGAUGACACACACCAACGAGAAGCCGUUCACCUGUGAGGUCUGCGGACAGAGGUUCAACCGAAACGGACACCUGAAGUUCCACAUGGAGCGACUCCACAGCCAAGACCCUCCGGCCCGCAAGACCCGCUCCGGAGCAGGCACCCAGCAGACCAUCAUAGUCAACAGUGACGAGGAGGCUCUUGCUACGCUACAGUCCGCCCUGCAAGCAGGUCAGGCCAUCAGUCCGGAGCGUCUUCAGCAGGCGCUGGGUCAGGACCACAUCAUCGUGUCCCAGGAGCAGGGCCUCGAUGAUCAGGAGGAGGCCACGUACAUCCAGCAGAUCACCACCGUGGAUGGACAGACGGUCCAGCACCUGAUGACCGGAGACAACCAGGUGCAGUACAUCAUCUCUCAGGAGGGGGUCCAGCAUCUGUUACCCCAGGAGUAUGUCGUGUUGGCCGACGGAAACCAAAUCCAGCUGCCAGACGGACAGAUCAUCCAGUACGAACACGACGGGACCUUCCUGCAGGAACAACAGAUUGCUCUGAGUCAUGACGGGCAGAUUCAGUACCUGCCCAUCACCUCGGAACAACAGAUGGUCAGCCCUGAAGACCUGGAGGCCCACUCUGCUGUUACCGCGGUCGCGGACGAAGCCACGCGGCAGACCCAGACGGUCUACACUGAGGCCACUCCGGAACAGCUGGAGCAGCUCCAGCAGCAGGGCAUCCAGUACGACGUCAUCACCUUCACCGACGAGUAGCCGUGACUUCGUCGCCUUUCGGGGUCAGGCGGACGUUGAGUGCGACGUCACCGCUGGGUGCGGCGGUGGCGCGGCGCGCGUGACAACGCCGGCGACUUCCGUCCGUCCGCCGUUCGAGAGGUUUCGGCCCGGGACGCCUGCGUCACGCUGCCAAGAACUCUGGGCAGCGCCUUGCUUCCGGCUGAACCCGUUGAACGCGCCGCCCCACCCCGCGGAGAGCCUGCUGUGCUCCUGGGCUGGUGGGAACAGUGGUUGGAUGCCAGCUAUCACUCGUCUUUCAGAGUGUCCAAUUAGACGAGACGUCACAGUUCAAUAGGCGUUCAAAAAGCUUUAGUAUGUUCUUUAUACUGCACCUUGUCGCUUCUGAGGUAAUCAUAGAAGCUGCUGUACAUUCAAUGAGGAGGCCACUUGAGGUUGGAUGGUUUACGCUGUGUAACAAAUAGCCCCCUAUUUCCAAUGUAGGGGGUCUUAAAUGGGUUGCCAUUUGAUACCCAGCUGGACUAUGUAAUUAUUUAAAAUAAUAUAUCUGCGUGUGCCUCAAUAAAUGCAUUGACUUGCAAGACAAUGUCUUAGACGGAGGUUACAUUAAAAGGCUGAUGUGUUUUAGAAUAAAGCACAGCUUUCAAUGAACAUUUAGUUUGGCGUCGGAGAAGACUGUGUAUAGACAAAUGAUUAUAUGACCGCAGGAUUGAUUGUGAUUUGUGGCUAAAGAGUGAUGGUAAUCAUUUGGUGAUUGAUAUGUACAUAUCUUUUUGCAUAUGAAGCAUUUUGUUCCAUAAUCGAAGGAUUCUGCUUGAAUGAAAUCGCUGAAUAAGCUAAAAGCUGAUACCAAAUAAAUCACUACUAAUUCAAAGUUCCAAUUGCAACAUUUUAUUGACGCUUACACAUAACAGCAGAUUAUGCAGCUGUCGCAAAAAGCUUGUUUUGGCCCAUGAACAUUUCAUUCAAUUAAAUAAAAACGCUUUAAAGUUUAAUCCAAAUGAAAGUCUGGUACAUGUAAGUCCCAAGCUGCUCUGUGCCUAAAAACAGGAAUCAAGUACAAAAAUAAAUGGAUUAAAUAGUGUAUCCAGCCAAACUGGUCACAAAGGAUCUGAAGGUGUGUGUGCGGGUGUGCGCAUGCAUGCGUGAUUGAGUAUCUGCCAGGUGUUAACCUGGGGGAGUGUGAAAGUCCAUAAGGCCUUGAAUGUGCAGAUAAAAGUGUGGGGACAGUUAAACAACCUGAUGGUCUGUGGAAGCACAUUUACACUCUCUGGCUGCGAUGCUCCUGAACCUCCCCUGUUGAUACUUUGUGUAAUGUCUUUCACCUGCCUGUCUCCCCAACAUCGCUUUGUCUACUGGGUCCCAUCAACCAGAGGUUCUGCAUUGGUUCGAGGUACCCACUCCUUAGUCCACUCCUCUAUAGAACAGCACCCACUUGGCCUGUCGAUGCACAAUGGCUUCCAACACAACACGCUAGCCCUAGGAAUGUACAGUGUAUUUAGUCUAAGCCGAUAAUGGCAGUGCUCUGCAAGGGUGCGUUGCAAUUUUGAGACACCCCCCCCACAGAUGAUGGAAGUGUGUUUUUCAAACGAAGGCUCAACCAGCUUUGAAAAGCAGAAGGAUGCACGUGUGAAGUCACUUGUCUGCCCUCUCCUCAGCUGGUUCCCUUUGUUCUGGUAAAUGCUAGGUUAUGCUGUUGUACAAGAGUGGACACAGCCUUAUUUGGUCGGCGAGCAGUGGAUGUGGAAGAUGGCCGCCGGGGAAUAGACAGGGGCUCGGCUUCAGCAAGGAUUUGAAGAUGAAGAUUGUCUUUGUCCUGCUGCUACUAUUAGUCCCCCAGAUAAAAGGGCAACGAAGAACAACUGUGCAUGGACAGAUGUAUGGACAAGUUGUAAUGCAAUUUUUCUUCCACCCAUACUACAAUACUUUUGAAAAGUUAUGUUUUAAAUUUACUGAAGGGAGAUUUAUUGUUGUUUUGAGCAACAGAAACAUUUUUAGUAAGGUCCUGAAUGGAAGAGUGUCAAACAACGAAUACAAUGGUUUAAUGGAAAUCAGGAUAUGGAAUUUACAGCAAGUGGACGCUGGUGAUUUUAGAUGCGUAAUAAUCGGGACCAAAAAUACCAUCUACCAUGAUUUCCAUCUUGAGAUAGAUACAUUUAGUCACAGGAGUCAGCCCAACGCUCCCCUUCCUCCUGUCAGUUCCACCAUCGGAGCCUCCAUCUCCUCUUCCUCAUCUGAGACAUCUGGGCUUGUUGUCUCCAAGGACAACAGCAACAAUCCCAGUAUUUCCUGGAGUUUGGGUUUAACGCUGGCUGCAGGACUGUGCAUAAGUGUGUUGUCUGUCACCAUAAUCUCAGUCACAGCUGCCAUGGUUCAUCGCAGAGUCAGAGCAAAAAAGAAGUGUGGAGCAACCACCAAUGACUCAGCAGAUCACAUCAUCUCUUGUCCACCUCAGGAAGGCAGCGGUGUUGUCUAUACCACGGUGGACUUCAGGCCUAAUGGGUACCCCCCCACAGAGCUGUACGCUAACCUGCAGACAAUACACAGCAGCCGUCCCCCCGGAAGAGGUCACGACCUUGAAGCACCCCCAGAGCAUGAUGGGACUGUGGUGUAUUCCACACUCGCCAGCAAUCCUCGCUGAACUGCCAAAAUACCUACAUCUGUAUGUUUUGUCUUGAGAACACAGACUGACACAAAAUAGCACAGAUUGCUCUGAAGCCGAUCUGUGUAUGUUGCUUUAGUGCGGAUUACAUGGGGAAAUGUGUUAAGGUGGUUGAUUUAUAUCCUCAUUCUUUUUAGCUUGAAACCAUCUAAAUAAACUAUAACUCAACUCCA